AUUCGCAUUAAUAAGAGCAAUAAAGUUAUAGUAAUAUUCUUUAUAUAUCUAAAGUUAUUAAGAUACCUUAAAUUAUAUCUUAAAGUAUUUAUAUUAGACUAUACCUAUAAGACUAAUAAAUAUAAAAUACCUCUUCUUAAUAUAAUUAAUAUUAAUACUUAUUAA